AUGCUUACGCAUGUGCGUGCGAACCCGUACAAGCAGAUUUCGGUGAAUAACGUGUUUACCAUGGCCUUCAUCUUAGCGGAAAAGCGGAAGAUGCGGAGCAAAAAAUCAAACAAGACUCAGCAGCAACAACAACAACAAAAACAAUUGCUAGAGCUGCCGCCUGAACAGCAUACUCUGCUUGGUGGAUCAUGCCACCCCAACCCCCAUCGGAGAGAGUUCCGGCAAAACUUACAGUUGCAGCAACAGCUACGGCUCCAAAAACAAAGUUUGCAACAGCCGUUGCAAGGAAAAGAGCAAGAGUCACAGGAAAACAGAUGCGAAAGACAACGGCAACUCCAGCAGCAACAUGAGCGGCAGGAGAGGCGGUUGAUGUUGCUGGUGGGUCAACUCGACACCACUGGUCUGUCUACACCCUACAUUGGCGAAUGCAGCAACAGCAGCAGCAGCAAAGGGGUCAGCAGCAGGAAUUCAAGAGCUUCUGUAGGCUGUAAUAUUUCUACACUCGGAACGGCUGGUUCCAGCAGCAGCCGCAGCAACCGCAACAGCCGCAGUAGCAGUGCCAGUAGCAGCGACUGCAGCAGCAGCGCCAGCAGUGGCCAGUCGGAAACGCUGACAUUCUCGUCUGCAGGAUGCAGCACUUCAGGCCCAUAUUCCAUUGAGUCCCCCAAAUCAUUGGAAUCCUCAGUGUUCUGCAGCAGCAGCAGCCGAGGGGGCUCGCACAUGGCAGCUAACUUUCCAAGAGAAUGUGGUGGCGCUGAAAGGGGUGCAGCCUGUGGAACAGGACCUUCAGCAGGCACCUGCUGCGGUGCGGCGGAUACGGCUGCAGCACCAGCUGCGUCGUUGGCUGCACCGUUAAGCACAGCAAACCUGGCAGCUGCAGCUACAUGCGCUCCUGCUGGAGGAGUUGGUUUUGCGAAUCACAAUGCGACCGGAGAUGUUCCCUGUCUUGCUACGAGAACAGCCAUGGCAUUACCCGAUUUGAAGUUGUUGACGAGCGAACCUACUCGAUAUCAGCUAGCGGAAGCAGAAACCGAGCCAGCAAAUCCACCAGCAGAAGGGAAAUUAGAGACUGCAGCACGACCGGUCAGCCUUGCCGGGGCUGCAGCUGCCGCAACAGACGAAUGGGAAGGCCCCGAUCUACUUGAUAUCCCAGCGUCCAGGAAGGAUUGGACCAGACAACUGGACUUACAGCAGCAACGACAGCAGCAGGAGCAUUCUGGGAAGCAGCAUCAGCCAGAACUACAUGAGCAGCAGCAGCUAACAUUGGAGGGACAGCUUCAGUGGGAGCAAAUGCGAGCGACAGGAGGCCAUUGUUUGUCUCCAUCAGCUUCGGUAACGCAGAGGCCUUCAGCGCCUCCUUCAAUGCAACCACAAACGAUCGCAGCGGAAAACGUAGCAGCCCCAAAGGCGGCAGCGCUGGCAACGAGCGCAGCUGCGCCCAAUGCGGUUCCUUCUCGUCUUGCCAGCCGACUCUUGGAGCCCUCUGCAGCCUCCAGACCACCGAGUUCAAUAAAUGAGUUGCAGAGCAACCAGAAUCAUCAGAAGCAGCGCAGACAGCUGGAGGAUUCAGAACUGCCUGUAUUGCCCCUGUUGGGUGGGGAGUUCGACGCAGCGCCAGGGAGGUGUGGCUUGUUGCUUCCUGCAGCUGCUUCCGUUGAAAAUGAGGUCGACAGCGACAAGCUCGACGAACACCGCAGCAACAUCUCACCCGUAAGACGAGGUGGUCAAUCUAGUGUGACGGCUGCCGGUGCUGUCGUAGUUGCCUCUUUUGUGGACGCUGCUGCUCUCCCGGUCGGUCACGCUGCUACUGGGCGGACAGCUGCUGCCAAAGAGGUGAAUGUCCAGGCUUCAGAGAAGACGUGUCAGCAGCAACAGGACCACCAACAGCGACCGGAGGAGCAAACGCAGCAGCAGCCUAAACAGCACCAGCACCAGCUUAAACUGCAGCAAAAUGCCGGUCACUACCAUGAAGAGCAGCGAGUGCAUAACCGCAGUACUCCGGAGCUCCUGACCCCUGGUAGCUCCCAGCAGCAGAAACAACAACAGGCUAAAGAACUGCAGCUGCACCACCAGCAGGUGCUGAAGGAUCAAUUGAUAGGGCAACGAGGAGUACCGCACUCGCUCGAACCGUCCGUGCCUCCCUUGCCGGUGGCAGAAAUACAGGCUAGCUGCAUCUCCCAGCAGCUCUCCGCUUGUGUCCCGCAUCAACAGCAGCAGCAACAGUACCAGCUGUUGCUGCAGCGGUUACAAGCGCAUACGCCCCAUGCCUCACAGAGUGAGACAUAUGCCACAACGCGAUCAGAAUCUCCCAGGAGACGGCAGCUGCACUUUGCAGUCCCAAGCAAGCAGCAUCUGCUGCAGCAACAGCUGCUGCUGAUACAAGAGCAACAGCAGCACCCAACGCCACUGGCGAAGCAGCGUAUUGAAAUGCAGAGAACUUUGUUUGGCGUUCACCUCUCAGCGGAAGCGGAAGCGGUUGCUGCAACUGCAGCAGGGGCCGCAGCUGAAGCAGCUGCAGCAGCUGCAGCCCGCCCGUUUUGCGGCGGCAACAUUCUGCCACCCUCUGAUCAUUUUGUUUCUCUGCAUCGGUACCAGGAGGCGCAGCAGCAACAUGCCGCUUCAAAGACUCAGCAGCCGGAGCCCUGUCGGCCGCAGCAGGUGCAGCCCAGUUGUCGCUCCUCUGUAAUAACGGCUAGUGUUGAGACUCGAGAAGACUGCUGUUCGCCGCGCGGAAGUCCCGAUGCUCCUUGUGUAGACCCAGCAUUUCCCGGAGGCCCUACGAGAACCCCGAGUCCUAUGUGCAACUUUCCGUCUCCACUGCAAGAGGGAACUCCUUCUGGCCGUCGAUCUCCAGCAGGACAGCAAGCAGCUGAGGCUUCUCGUCGAGCCCUGCUGCUUCGGAAAAACUCUCAAACGUCUUUGCUGCACAUUUGCGGUGCAGUGAAUCAGGACCCGCAGCUACAGGAGCCGCAGCCUGUGCAGCAGCAAGCACGUUGGGAAACUGGAGGUACAAGUGCUGCACCAUUAGCAGCUGCAGCAGCAGCAGCAACAGCAGUAGCCGCAGCAGCACUAAGCCAAAACAAGUUGGAAUGCACUGGGACAAGCCCAGCGGAUCUCAGCAGCAACAGCACGAACGUAGCUUCGGACGUUUCUUCAGCUAACAGCAUGCAUAGCGCUUUGACCCCCCAUUUGUUACAUCCCUCUCGCCGUAUCCCCUUCCCGCUGCAGCAGCCUGGGACAGAGACCGACCCAGCACCAGGAGGAGCGGCAACAGUAACAGGGAGACCGCCCACUCCUGUUCGCGCUGAGAGACUGAGAAAACGCUUGGAGAGACUCCGCGAAAUGGGCAGGCUCAGCCGAGACACCUACCCAGCAGCAGAAGUGGCAUCAAUAAUCAGCGGCACACGGGUGGAGAAAGAAGGCCCCUUUCCAGUGUACGUUCUCGACAAAGAAUGGUCCCUUGGUUGCAGCGCGCUGGACCCAGAAUGGCCGCAGAAAAUGCUGCAAAACACCAAGGAGGGAAUAAAACUGCAUUCCGAAAUCAACAAGCUUCUCGCCCUCGCUAAGGAGGUUGAUCUUACACAAGGAAAAACGGAAGCCUAG